AACAUUUUCUAUUGGUUUAGUUAAAGGUCAUUAAUAUCUUUAUUCCUAGUUGAAAUUCACUGAAUGCAAUCAACCAGUUCCCCAAAUCUCAUGUGCUCUUACAGAUAGCUCUCACAAGCCUGAUUUCACUUUUUUUCCCCUAGGUGUUUUUCUUCAACACCCUAUCACCUCUGCAUGCCUGAAAAUAUGCGAGGAGGGAGCUCCCCUGCAGAACUUGUCCCUGUGUUAACUUUUCCAAGCUAAAGUUCUUUUAGUUAGUAACGGUGGGAGCCGAGUCAGAAAGCGCUGUUCAGACAGCAGGGCCAAGUAGCUCGCUGUGAGGGCCCUAACUAACCCCCCGGGACGCGAUCCGACCUCCACCUGCCAGCCGAGCGGCGGGCGGGCGGAAGGGCGGGCCCGUACAUGGUGGGGUGCGGGCGGGUGGAAGGGCGGGCCCGUACAUGGUGGGGUGCGGGCGGGUCCGUCCGGGAGGCAGCCGCAGGGCACAGCCAGACUGGCAGUCUCAGUAGCGUGGGGUUCAGGCAGCAGCAGGUAGGGGUUGCAGUGGGGCUGGUUCUCGUGGUCACCAAAAAGAUAGGGCACAGCACGCGGCGUAAAGAAUCUUAUAAUAAAGAAUGACAGUGAAUCAACAUUUAAAUUUCCCAGAAAAGGACCUCUCUGAAACUGAACCUGCAAGCAUGGAAUUUGACAGCCCUUCUUUCCAGCAUGAGGAAAAUCUUGAACAAAGUGACCAGUUGAAGACCAAGAAAAACAAGAAAAAAAAUAAGUCAGAGAAAAAGGUGGUUGGCAUCUUUGAACUGUUCCGCUAUGCUGAUGGGGUGGAUAUACUUUUGAUGGUAGUUGGUUUGAUCGCAGCCGCUGCUAAUGGUACUGGAUUACCCCUUAUGAUCAUUAUUUUUGGAGAUAUGACAAACGUCUUUGUUCUAAGUGGUGUGAAUUCGAGUGUGUCAGAAGGUACUUCAGUAAAUAAUUCCAGUUGUCAACCAACUCCAGGUGUAGAUAUAGAAGCUGAAAUGACAAAGUUUGCUUACUACUAUGUGGGAAUUGGCUUUGCUGUGUUGAUCCUGAGCACCGUCCAAGUAUGGACAUUUUUGAUCGCUGCUACAAGGCAAACAUCAAGGAUUCGGCGGAAGUUCUUUUUUGCAGUGCUCCAUCAGGAGAUGGCUUGGUUUGAUAGUACCCAGAUAGGAACUCUGAACACUCGACUGACAGAUGAUAUCAACACCAUUCAUGAAGGCAUCGGAGACAAGAUCUGUAUAUUUGUACAGUUUUUUUCUACGUUUCUGACAGGGAUUAUUAUAGGAUUCGUCCAUGGGUGGAAGCUAACCCUGGUGAUUUUGUCAGUCAGUCCACUGCUUGCUGCGUCAGCCGCAGUCUGGUCAACUCUUCUGGCGUCCCUUACAGCUAAAGAGCUAUCUGCUUAUGCCAAGGCAGGAGCUGUGGCGGAAGAGGUCUUGACUGCAAUCGGGACUGUUGUGGCUUUCAAUGGACAGCAGAAGGCAUUAGCAAAAUAUGAUACUAAUCUAGAGGCAGCUAGACGUGUUGGAGUAAAAAAAUCCAUUACUACCAACACAUCUCUCGGUGUUUCACAAUUUCUUAUUUUUGGAUCAUAUGCACUUGCAUUUUGGUACGGAACCAAGCUCACCGUUGAGGAGCCAAAAAUUUAUAACAUUGGUCGCGUGUUAAUUGUGUUCUUCUCUGUGCUUAUUGGAGCCUUUUCCCUAGGACAAGCAGCUCCCAACUUGGAGAGCGUGGCUAAUGCGCGUGGAGCUGCUUACGAAGUAUAUCAAAUUAUUAAUAAGAAACGGCUUAUAGAUAGCAGUUCUAAGGAAGGCUACAAACCAGACAAGCUCAAAGGAGAAAUCGAAUUCAGAAACAUCCAUUUCAGUUACCCAUCCAGGCCUGAUAUUACAAUCCUCAAAGGUCUGAACUUGAAAGUUCAAACUGGGAAGACCAUUGCCUUGGUUGGUGCUAGUGGCUGUGGGAAAAGCACCACUGUUCAGUUGCUGCAAAGAUUCUAUGAUCCUGACCAAGGAGAAGUCACCUUAGAUGGUCGGGAUAUUCGAACACUUAAUGUAAAGUGGCUGAGAGAAAAUAUUGGUAUUGUGAGCCAGGAGCCUGUUUUGUUUGCAACAACAAUAGCUGAGAACAUUCGCUACGGCAGAGAAGACAUUUCUGAUGCUGAAAUUGAACAAGCAGCCAAGGAAGCCAAUGCUUUUGACUUUAUAUCUAGACUGCCUGAUAAAUUCAACACCAUGGUAGGGGAGAGAGGGGCUCAACUGAGUGGAGGACAGAAACAGCGAAUAGCUAUUGCUCGUGCCCUGGCAAGAAAUCCAAAGAUUCUUCUUCUGGAUGAAGCUACAUCCGCUCUGGAUACUCAGAGUGAAUCUGUAGUUCAGGCAGCUCUUGAUAAGGCUCGGACUGGACGUACCACUAUUGUGAUUGCUCAUAGACUAUCUACCAUCAGAACUGCUGACACUAUUGCUGCAUUUGAGAAAGGCAUUGUGGUUGAACAAGGAACACACAGCGAACUCAUGUUGCAGAAGGGAGUCUACUAUUCUCUUGUAAUGCAGCAAAGCGGUAGCAAUAAUGUUCAAGAUGAUGGUACAUCAGAAGAAGAUGAAGAAACUGAAGUUGAGGAAUAUGAGGAAGAUGACAGAAAUAGUUCUGUGGAGAAACUGAACCUUAAAGAUCACUUUGAAGAACCAGUGAUAACUGGGAGAAGCAGCAUUCGUAGAAGAUCCAGCAGAUACAAGAGCAAGAGGUCCUCUUCUAAGAAAAAGUCCUCUAAGAAGAAGAAGAAAAAAGAGCUGGAGGAAGAAAAUCUCCCUGUUGUGUCUUACUCAAGAAUCCUGGCUCUGAAUAAGCCUGAGUGGCUGUAUGUCCUAAUGGGAGUGAUUGCUGCUGCUGUCUCAGGUGGAGUCCAUCCUGCUUUUGCUGUUAUAUUUGGAAAAAUCAUUGGGGCUUUUCAAGAAACAGAUGGAGAAAAGAGGAAUAAAAACACUUUGGUGCUUUCUCUAAUGUUUCUUUUACUUGGAGUGAUUACCUUAGCAACAUACAUAAUCCAAGGAUUCAUGUUUGGAAAGUCUGGAGAAAUACUAACAAUGAGACUGCGUUCUUUGUCCUUCAAAGCAUUACUUCAGCAGGAGAUUGGAUGGUAUGAUGAUCAGAAAAAUGCUGUUGGAGUUCUGUUAACUCGACUUGCUACUGAUGCUUCCCAAGUCAAAGGGGCAACUGGAAGCCGGCUUGGACUGAUGACUAUGACUGUCUUUACCCUUCUGACUGCCAUCAUUAUUGCUUUUGUGUACGGCUGGCAGCUGACUUUGCUUAUUCUGGCCUGCAUUCCUUUCGUUAUUGCUGCAAAUGCUGCAAAUGUUAGCUCUGUGUCUGGUCAUGCAGCAAAAGAUCAAAAAGCUUUGGAAGAGGCUGGAAGAGUUUCAACAGAAUCAGUUGAAAAUAUAAGAACUGUAGCUUCACUGACCAGGGAAGAAGCAUUCUAUGAGAAGUACAUAACCAGUUUGAAUGGUCCGUACAGAGAUUCUCUUAAAAAAGCCCCUUUAUAUGGACUUACCUAUGGAAUAGCUCAGUCUGCAAACUACUUUGUUAACGCAGCAGUCUUCAGAUUUGGGGCGUGGCUCAUUGCUCGUUGUUUGACCAACUUUGAAAAUGUAUUUAUAGUCUUCUCUUCUGUCAUAUUUGCAGCCAUGAACGUUGGUCAGUCUGCUUCCCUGGCACCAGAUUAUGGCAAAGCUAAGAUUUCAGCUCAAAGAAUCUUUCAUCUUUUGGAUAGAAGACCUCAAAUUGACAGUUACAGUGAAGAAGGUGAAAAAUUGAGUAAUUUUGAAGGCAACAUUGAAUUCAGAAACAUCCAUUUUGUAUAUCCAACAAGACCAGAAGUUCAAGUUUUGCAAGGACUUAAUGUGAAGGUUAACAAAGGACAGACUCUGGCAUUAGUAGGAAGCAGUGGCUGUGGCAAAAGCACAUCCAUUCAGCUCUUGGAGAGAUUUUAUGAUCCUGUGGAAGGACAAGUGUUAGCAGAUGGAUUUGAUACCAAGUCUUUGCAUUUACAAUGGCUGAGGUCCAGGCUGGGUCUAGUGUCACAGGAGCCCAUUUUGUUUGACUGCAGCAUCGCUGAAAAUAUUCAAUAUGGAGACAACAGUAGGCUUGUUAGUCAGGAGGAAAUUGAAGAGGCAGCUAAAGCAGCAAAUAUUCAUGCCUUCAUUGACAAAUUGCCAGAGAAAUAUAACACUCGGGUGGGUGAGAAAGGAACACAACUUUCUGGAGGUCAAAAACAAAGAAUAGCGAUUGCCCGAGCUCUGGUUCGUAAUCCUGCCGUUCUGCUUCUAGAUGAAGCUACUUCUGCACUUGACACAGAAAGUGAAAAGAUUGUUCAGAAAGCUCUGGAUAAUGCCCGGCAAGGUCGAACCUGCAUUGUAAUUGCACACCGCCUGACAACCAUACAGAAUGCAGACAUCAUCGCAGUGAUCCAGAACGGCAGGGUGGUGGAGCAGGGCACCCACAGCCAGCUGCUGGCAAAGGAAGGACACUAUUAUGCCCUUGUAAAUGCACAUGUCUCUAAUUAGUGCUGUUAGUUGAUUUUUUUUAGUUUGUUUUUUUUUUCUGGGAAGAUGUGAAAAGCUGACAGAGAAGUCAUGUUGGCUGUAUCUCUGCUGAUGGAACAGUGGCCAUGUGGUGUGGCUUUGUUGCUGCACCUGGUGUAGUCUUUGGCCUACGUACCUAGUGGAAUAAACAGUGCAUGCCCAUAGUUAGUAGGUACACGUGGCAUGCCAGAGACUGGGCUUUUGUGGGGGUAGUGUGAUCUGAAGGGAGCCAGACCUGGAGCAGUCUGAUCCAGUGCACCAAUUCAGGUGGGGCACCCAAAUCUUUCUGUCCCCUCAAACUCCGGCCUGCAUGAGUUGGCACAGAUCAAGGGUGGCCCACAAGAGUGGCAGUGGCUAACUGUCAUGCUAAGUGAAGGGCUGCUUGUGCUUGCUUCUGUUUCUUCUUUUUUUCCACCAACCAGAUGCAGCCGUGAAGUUUUCUAGAUGAUCGAAGAACUGUUGAUUCUCACAGAUCACAUUCAAAAUAAAAGCAUUUGUAUCUCACUAGAGAGAAGUGGUUGUUUUUUCCACUUCUUGCCCUACUUCUGAUAUUACUCCACACAUUUUUUGAGGAUUCAAUAUUGUAUUUCAGAUAAUAAUUGCAAUAGUGGAAAACCUUCCAUAUAUUGGUAUAUUUUAUAUAGUUUAUCAGUGUCUUUUGUACUUUCCAAUUGCGGUCAUCGGGGUUGCUUCAAAAGUCUUAUAGGAGAGAGCUAGGAUGGCUGCUUUGGAGUGGACUCGCUGUUACAUUCCCUUUUUCUUUGUUUCUACACUGGAGUUAAGCAGUAGAUUCUCAGUUUAGGGGAAAAAUAUCUUACUGCUUUAUCCACCAAAAUUCUGGGGGAAGAAAAGAGUGAUUGUUGCUUUGGGCUGGACAUGUAUGUGUUUUUUUUAUUACAAUUAUAAUAAAUUGCAACACUACAGAAACUUAUUCAUUAUAGUAUUACAGUAACAACUAAAAUUAAGUAAAAACAGGAAAUUAUUUUCUGUAAAUAAAUAGAAAUAGCAGCUAUUAAGUUGAAUCAUCUAACACCUGUGACUGGUUAAUGGAACAUCUUUGUGGAAAAUACUGCAUUUGCAUCCACACAGAUAACAGAAAAAUCCAAAAUGUGCUUCCUACCUCCGGCUUGGAAUUAUUUAGUAAAACAGGGGCAAAUGGACUAAGGAAAUAUUCAGUAUUUGACCUGGAAGUUGCUGAAACAGUUUCACCAUGGUCAGCCUAGAAAAAUAAGUUCUGUCACUCCUGGGGCUUGUGUUUCCCCUUGUCAACCUCUAUAAGGGUAAAUAUUACCUACAAUGGAAAGAAGAGUGAUUACCCUUGCCUCAAUUUCAGCACGUUCCUCACUGCUGCUCAUGUAGAGCGUUCUCAUGCUGCAGUAGCUGGACAGUCUCAGUACCAUCUGUGUAUUUUAGGGACAAACAAAGAAAGGUCUUGAAGUGAGAUGCUUGGCAGCACCAUGUGGAAAGAUGAGCUUGCAUUUUGGCUAGGGCCAGAGGGAAGAGGUGCUGCUGCCAUAACAGAGGGAGCUGCUCUGGGCCAUGGGAGCUGGGUGGUGAAAGAGCUGUGACUAACAGAGGUUCCUUGAGUGUCCUCUGCGCUUCAAAGAUGGAGAAUAGAGAACAUUACUGAAGUAAAUAGCAUUAAUUUGCUUACGUUAACAAGUGAGUUGUUUUUUUAACAUAUGAAUGUAUUUUACAGAUUUAUCUCAAUACGAGGAUACUAGAAAUUGCUAAUGUCCGUAGCCCUCUUUAAAAGGUCAUCUGCAGAUGUGAGAAAAACAGCAGACAAAACCAAGCCCUACCCACCAGGAAAGAGACGGUGGUGGGCAAGAAGCAGAGCAAAAUUCAAGCCGAGUGUAAGAAUGACAGAAUAGCGCAUUACUGAAUGCCUGCAAAAAUACAGGCUGAGCUGGGUGACUUUACUGAUUCAAUUAAUCUAUAAAUAGAUUAGCACGUUCAGCCUGUAGGCAUUACUAACAAACUUUGUACUCGGAUGGUUUAUUUCAGACCAUUCAUGUCACCUUCCCCAGCUGGUUAUGCCCAUGCAGCUGGCAGACUGGCUGCGUGCCAAUUAAAAGCAGAUGUAAAUUCAGAGACAAAUACAUGCUAAAAGCAUCUUUUCAGCACUGGCUGGCUGGUAUAAAGAUCAAAAGAAUUAACUCUGACAGGAGGGAAAAAAAAAAAAAAAGCCUAUGAGCAUACAUUUUAAGAUCCCCAUCACUCUGUCCUGUGUUGACGUCUACCCCAGGUGCUAGAGUUACACUUCCCUUAUCCCUGAACAAGCAGAGGCUACAUGCCCAAAGUGAGGUACUGGUGAUUCCACCAGGGACCACACCCCUAAGAUGAUUUGUGCCAUGAGUAUAGUGAUGAAGGAAGCACAAAAACUCAAGGAACACCAAAGACCUUGUUCAUGAAUAGAUGAGAAGCGUUCAGCCCAUGGGCUUGCUUUAUGCCAGCACUGCUAAGCCUGCUAGAGAACUGAUGUCUUACCAUGUUCCAAAGAUGAGAGCUGAGACUUCAGAGAAGGCUUUCAUAAGGAAUUUUGGAGAAAGAAUUGAUGAUGUCUUAAAUUGACUGUAUAGUUAAAAAAUUAAUUACUAACAUAACCUGAAGCCCCAGAGAUGAGAUACGGAGUUGACAGGAAGGUGCAAACUAAGGGGUACAGGAGCUGCUUACCCUUAUGGCUUCAAAGAAUCAAUUGUUCUCGUACAGGCAUUGGAGUUCACCAGUCCCAGUGGAUGUGGACAUUUCCCAGUCCUGGAUGUGCUAUUUCAGUUUGAAAUAUCUGUCAGCAAUUAAAGAAUAAUGCUGUUUGCAAAACUGUAAAGGAAUGUCAUGUUUACCAGCUCAUGGCUGGGCUUUUUUUCCCCCAAAUGUUUACUUUCUUCUGCAGCCUGUAGGAUUGCAACUUGGAGGCAUCUAGAAGCUGUAAGGAAGUGCACAGCCUCAUAAAGAAAUUAUUUGAUAAUCCUGAUUGUAUGACAAAAAAGAACGCUUUCAUGAAAAUUGCAAUUCUCAACUCUUUUCUUUUGGGAUCAGCUGAAAUACUAAACCAGUGUGUCUGUUAUCUAUUUUUCUACUGCUAUUAGUUUUAUAAGCUUAAUUGAAACUCAGAGAGUUUGCACAAUUCCACUAAACUGUGGCAGGCAAUAUCUAACCUGUCCUUCCUUGGCUAUAAUCAGUAGACAUUGUACCUAUGACAUUUUACUUACAAGUUUGUAAGUGUCAGGCAAAAGGAGAGCUCACAGGACUCUUGUCACAGUAAUCACUAGGAAAAUUCCUGUCACACAUGGGAGCAGGCCUAUUUUGAAGUUAAUGGUAGGUGAUUUCACUAAUUAAUAAGGGAAACGUUAAGAAACUAUGCAGGAUCGUUAAGGUCUGUUCACCUGACAUUGCUGGAGGGUUUUGAGUGAAACUGCUUUCCUGGACUGAGUCAACUCUAGGAAAAUAGCUACCCUUGUAACACAGGUAAUAAAAAGCCAGAUCUUGAUCUGCUAAAUCCCACCAUAUAGAUAUGCGUAGGACAGCUGAUAACCUAAUUUCAUUUCCUUCAAUGAACUUGUUUCCAGACAUCUAACACAAGAAUUUGGCUUUCUGUUUCAAGACUAAACAGCUUUUCAGGAUGGUUUGUGCCCCCCUCCCUUCCACGAGGAGGUAUUUCACAGCAUUGUCACAGCAGCGCUGCAGUUCUGUCUCAGUGCAGAGCUCACCCGCUGCCUGCUACCAUGCGUGCCUUACCCAGAUGACUCAUUUUUAUACAGAGAUUCAAUCAGAAGCAGAAGAGUUCACUCAGGUCUUGGAGCUAUGGUUGCGCCUUGCCUAAGAAGAAAAUAAAGUGACUGUUUUUCCAAGCUUUUCUGUUUGAUUAUAUGAGAAAAACAUGGGUUUGUAAUCACUACAGCUGUAGCCGUGUUGUACAUGAACUGAUGAGUGAGAGCCAGUGCGUUGCUUGGCCUCUUUUUGUGCAUCCAUGCUUCCCCAAGACAAGUUUCUGUAGAAACAUAGUUUCUCUGUAUAUAGGGUCUGAGCUAUUGAGGCAUACCUAAGUUCUUCCAAACUGUUAGGAGCGAAGAUAAAUAGCAAGGCAGUAAGGCCAUCAUCAGCCCAGACGUAGACCCUUCUUUUAAAAUGUACUUAAGAGACUUCUUUAAGUCUGGAUCCUUAGCUACAUACAAAGGACUGAGUUUUCUAUUCAAAGGUAGAAGAAUCCAGAUGCACUGCUAUUCUCUACCAACUUCUAGCUGCCCUAUAAGUCUUAGCACAGACUGCCCAUCGUUUCAAUGUUUUCCAAGGUUACAGCUCUGCCUGGCUGUUCUCUUCCAGCUACCUGGGCUGCUUUUUCUCCUCAAGCACCUGCCCUAGCACACAUAGCAGAUGCUGUACUGUUAUGCAGUGAGAAAGGACAGACAGAGACUGAGGGGAAGUGCCAAAAGCAAUACAGAUUCAAAAGGAUUACCUUCUAAAUUCAAGAAUAUUUCUCAGCAGAAGACUGUCAUUGCUCUCAGUAAGUGAAUCAUUUACAGUGGAUUGUUUCCAUCUGCCUUUGUCAAAUAGCCUGCAAGCAGCUCUUAUCUACCUGAGACCCUACCUAUCAUCGUGUGUUUUUAUUGCCUACCUGGUUCAUCAGCAGUUAUAUCAAGAAACUAUUUUAUGAAGCAUGUCUUUCUGUCUGGAAAUAAUAAUCUAUUGUUCCCUUAGGGAAGCUCACACAUCCUCUCUGGUUAUCCCCAGCCUGUACCAACAACAUCAGCAUCUCAUGCUCCAAAGAAAAUUCACCAAGCCUUCCUGUAAUUCUCACAAAGAAGCCAAUCUUUGUUUUAUUGAAUGUUUUCACAGAAAGAUAUUUUGAAAUCAUGUUAGCUCAAAAAGUAGGACUUAAGGAUACAUUGGUGUUUUUUUGUUGUAUUUUCACUUGCUUUACUGUUUCCAUAGGAGUAAUACCCCACCAUCCCACUUCUUUUUAAUUGUUCUGAGCAUCAUCUGUGAUUACUGCCUUAUCGCACAUAUUCCAAAGGAAAAUCACCUUUCAUUAAUCUCCACUAGAAUAAUUCCUUUUGUUGCAGUCUUCUGGAUUCUAAAAAAUGACCUGAAUAUGACUAUUCUCAUGCAAAUAAUUGUUCAGUCCUGCCUCCUCAGUAUUUGAUCUGCCGCAGGCAGCACUCCUGGAGAAGGCACAUCGUACUCUACAAAGAUAGAAAUGAGGGAGAAAGAGACACUGCAAUGGGACACUCACCCCUCUGCUCACAUACGACUGAGGAAAUAAAUUAGAUUGCCUUUAAAACAUCCAUAGGUUUUGAGUCAUCUGUUUCCAGAUGUCUUAGAAUACAGUGAACUACACAACAAAUGUGCCUAUUUCUUACCAUAAAAGUAAACGGAGAAUUUGGGUUUCCAUUCAGGUUAUACAUUUACAUUAGGUGAAGGGAUUACCACUCCAAAUGUAUGGUCUUUCUUACAGAAGUUGUCAGGUUAGCUUAUCAGUCCUGCAAAUAACAUUAGGAGGCCCUGACCACAAAUGUUGCUCUUUCAGAUGUGAGUUUUGAGGGUGAGAAAGGACCUCUGGAGCACACGAAGGUGAAGCUUCUUCAUCUGGAUAUUAGCAGUGCAAAAAUACUGAAGUGAAGGACAAAUAGUAAGAAAACAGGAGUUAAUUAUCCUGAAUAUAUAAGCAGAAAAUAAAUUUGCAGAUUGCAGCAGACAAAUAGCUUGUAAUAAUGAGCAAAUGAGCAGAAUUGGGAUUUUUUCCUCUCUCGAACAGCAUGUGGGGAAUUUUAAACAAAGAGUUAACAUUUUCAGGGUUCAAAAUAAAUAGCCUCUCUGACAAUCCAAUCCUUUGUCCAUUUUGUUAUGAAACCAUACUAAAAAUGAUAAGUGGAGUUCUCAUUUUCACAUCUGCUAUCCAUAUGAACAUACACCUGGCAGUGAUGUGUGUGUGUGUGUGUUGCUUCAGAGGAAACAACCAAACAGCUAUCACUUUAUACAGCACUAAUAGCCUCAGUUAUAAACCUGCUACAUGUGUUUUAUUUACUGUAAAUGAAGUGUAUAGAAGCAAUUCAGAAUAUGAAGACGAAAUUUUAAUGGGUCACUUUUAUGCUAGAGCAAUAUGAAGAGGCAUCUGAAAUGUGAUUUACUUUUUAAUACUCAGUAAAGUAAUUUUUGUUGGGAUAAACAGGGUUCCCAACAAGUACUCACACAAUUGUUUCUUCAAAUUCUUAUUUCACACAUACUUUGAGACUUGGAGCAAUUUUUUCCAUGAAUAUAUGCUAAUCUGUCUGGGACUUCUCCAAAGUUACGUUUUCUUUCUCUCUUUUGUUUCUUUUCCUUUUUCUGUUAGAUCUUAAUACUCUGCCAUAGUUCUUUUACACUCAUAUAUUUAGUUGCAGUGUGGUAAUGUACAUUGAUCCUGAUAAAUUUCUCUGCAUUCACCAUAGUUAAAUAAUCUUUGUAACUAUCAGUUCUUAUUGUUACUUGCAGAUAAAUAGAGUUAUGGGUUUGCUUCUUCUGCAAAAAAAUGUCUAAUUUACCUUCUUAUGGAACAGAGGAAAGUGUAACAGUUGGAAUAUAUGAGCACACUUAGGUGGAUAUAUGAUUUUAUGUUUAUAAAAUACACAUUUGUGUAUGUUGCAAUGCAUUAGAGAUUGCUUCAUUGCAAGAAAUUUAGGAAUAAUUAAAAUUAAGUGGUCAAAUGAA